AUGGCCGGCUCUUCAGCAGAGGAGAAGACCUUCCUACGGUUCCUGGAGCUCUUCCUGCGGGAGAUGAGGAUGCCGCUGCAGGAGAGCGACCCGGUGCCGAUGCGCCCAUUGUCGGACCAGGUGGCUGAGGACGAGGUGGAGGGGGAAUGCCUCGACCUGUGUCUCCAGCACCUCUACAAAUAUAACUGUCCAUGUUCCCUGGCGGCAGCCCUAGCCAGAGCCACAGCAGACAGCCUCCUGCAGACUGACCUCUCCAUCCACUACCUCACUAAGACUGUUGAAGAUGGGUCUGACCCACCACCAAUUGACCCACCACCACAGAUGGAUGCUGUGACGCUGGCCCGGCUGGUGUUUAAUACACUGUUUGAGGUGUGCUGCCUCUGGCUGAAGGAGCUGCCCUUCCGCCGCCGUCCACAGCCAUACUACGAAACUUCCAUCCACGCCAUCAAGAACAUGAGGCGCAAGAUGGAGGAUAAGCAUGUCAUCAUCCCUGACUUCAACACACUCUUCAACAUUCAGGAUCAGGAAGAACAAGCUUACUUUGCUGUGUUUGACGGCCAUGGUGGUGUGGAUGCUGCCAUUUAUGCUGCCAAUCACCUCCACGUCAACUUAGUUCAUCAGGAAUCCUUCAACCAGGACCCCAUCGAGGCGCUCUGCAAAGCCUUCAAAGUCACUGACGAACACUUCAUGAAAAAGGCAUCAAGAGAGCACUUGCGCUGUGGCACGACAGGCGUGGUGACGUUCCUGCGGGGCCAGACGUUGUAUGUGGCCUGGCUGGGAGACUCCCAGGUCAUGCUGGUCAGGAAAGGACAGGCCGUGGAGCUGAUGAAACCACAUAAACCAGACAGAGAGGAUGAGAAGCUGAGGAUCGAGGCUCUAGGAGGCUGUGUGAUCUGGUUUGGCACAUGGAGGGUUAAUGGCAGUCUAUCUGUAUCCAGAGCAAUAGGGGACAAAGAGCACAAACCCUACAUCUGUGGUGAUGCAGACCAUGAUAUCUUCCCAAUGGACGGUUCCGAAGACUACCUGAUUCUGGCCUGUGAUGGAUUCUGGGACACAGUAAAUUCAGAUGAGGCAGUGAAGGUGGUCAGCGACCAUCUCGAGGAGAACUCUGGAGACACUACCAUGGUAGCCCACAAGCUAGUGGCCUCUGCUCGUGAUGCGGGCUCAAGUGAUAAUAUCACAGUCAUAGUGGUCUUUUUGCGGGACCCUCGCUCCCUACCACCCACCGGCACCAAGGAGGAGGGUGUUGUAAAGAGGGGGGUAGAGGAAGAGGAAAUAGCGGAGGGAGAACGGGAAGACGAGGAGGAAGAUGAGACAGCCAGGUUAGAGCGCAGUGGUGGUGAAGCAGGGAGCACUGCGAACAAUGGGGGGAAGAAUCGUGGGGGAUGGCCCCAGCAGCAGUGCUCGGCCCCUGCUGACCUCGGCUAUGAAGACCGAACGGACUCGUUGACGGACAGAACCAGCCUCAGCCUAAUUGGGCCAUCACUUGAGGGCCACAUCUCCUUGACAGGGGGCUCACGACAGCCCUGCUCCGACUUUAGUUCAGACCUCUUUACAGCCUCCAACAUCUACAGAGAAGAACGCCCAGUGAGGCGCGGGUCCUGUAUUCCUUUGCAGGGGUCUAGCAUCUCUAGCUGUACGGACCCACUCUGGCCCCAGACAGCCAUGCUUUUAGGCCAGGCAGUGAGGAAAAUCCGCAGGCUUGGUUCUGAUAGACGCCAAUUGGGCCGGAGGUGGCCAGUCAGAUUUAGGGAGAAGCUAGGCCUAUUACCAUCUGGUCGCCUGCCGCCCCACAUGCAGCGCUACUCCAACUGUAGGCCUGGAGUGGCAGUGCCUCACCUGCCCAAUGAUGCCACCAUCUAA